AUGGAUGCAGGUGGUUCAUCAGCGGGGCAGCUUUGGUCCUCAUUAGUAGUCACUCUUUAUUCAGCAGGUUUUGGUGAUCCCUACUCUAUUCCAGGCUUUAUGUCAUCUGACGUUGUAUUUUGUACUAUGAGAUCCAGUUACCCCCUACCAGUCCAGGCACCAGAGAGACGAGCCCAGUUUGAAGACUUCAAGCUGGAGAAAAUGGCUAAAGAUGUCAAAGUAUCUCCUUUGGCAACCUCUUUCGAUUAUGAGCUUUAUGACGGAGAUCCUGAUCAUCUUAGAACUGUUGUUGCUGCGACUACCCCAUCUGGUCCUUGUAUUGAUCCUGCAUCAAUCAAACUUAGACACAGGAUUGGGCGUGGAUACUUUGGUGAUGUUUGGUCAGCCACUCAUCAUCAGUCAGCUACUGAUUACGAUGAGAAUCAUGAAGUAGCUAUAAAGAUGUUACAUCCUAUAAAUGAGGAUCAAGUAAAGGCCUUCUUAAGUAAGUUUGAGGAGUUAUGGGUAAAUUUGAAAUCUAAACAACUCCAAGGUGUUUGCUGGUUGCAUGGUAUCUCUGUAAUAUCUGGAAAGAUCUGUAUAGCUAUGAGAUCCUAUGAGGGGUCAGUUGGUGACAAAAUAGCUCGGCUGAAAGGAGGGAAGCUUCAGUUACUUGAUGUUCUCAGAUAUGGUAUUGAAUUGGCUAAAGGAAUACAAGAGUUGCAUUCAAUGAAUGUCUUGGUUCUGAACCUUAAGCCAACUAAUUUUCUUCUGAAUGAACAUGACGAAGUGUUCCUUGGAGACUUUGGGAUUCCGUAUCUUCUUCUUGGAGUUCAACCACCUGAUUCAGAUCUAGCAUUAAGGCUUGGAACUCCAAACUACAUGGCUCCGGAACAGUGGGAACCUGAGGUUAGAGGCCCAAUAUCUUGCGAGACUGAUGCUUGGGGAUUUGGAUGCAGCAUUAUUGAGAUGUUGAGUGGUGUUCAGCCCUGGUUUGGUAAAUCAGUCCAAGAUAUAUAUCGUUCAGUG